AUGGCGCGUAUAAAAUGAGUGAAAUAUUCGUGACGUAAAGUUGGUACGCCACAUGCAUUCAACUCAAAUGUGUUCAAAAUCAAAGGUGCAAUAUGAUGCGUGCAGUUAGAGUAUUGGAGUAGGCUUGCUUUCGGUUAGAGUUGGAUUGGUGAACGGAUAUAUAUCCAAAACAGAAAUAAUAGCCGUUCGUUUUGUUUAUAGACGAUGUGUUUUUUGUUUGAAUUGAAAUAAAUCGAAAAAAGUUGAUUCAAAAAAAAGUUUGAAAGAAAUAACUUCAAAUUUAUUAAAAAUAUAGUAUGAGACGCUCCGUGUAUAGAAUUCCAAUGCAUUGAAUGAUUAGUGUACAUGUGGAAAUAAUCUAAAAUUUUCUUAAAAUUGAAAACCAAAAGAAUUAAUUCGAUCCAUUUUGGUAAAUACGAAGUGAAAAAAAUAAUAAUAAUAAAAAAAGAAUGGAAAUAUCGUCGAUAGUAGCAAAUUUUGACGAAUUACAACGAUGUCAAGAUGUUUUGACAGAUGGUACAGCCGAAAUUGAAUUUCGUCGUUUCCUUCACAUCAUGGGUGAAAGUCGUAUGCAAUGGCAAGAAACAAUUGCCGAGGCGCAACGUUUACAAAAGGAGCUGGAUCGAUUACAAAGAAAAUACGAUGACUGUAUACAAGAGCGAUUGGAUUUUGAAACGAAAUUGUUCCAUGCUCGUCGAUUGCUUGAGGCCGAGAGCAAGGCAAAGCGCCAAUUGGAAGACAAACUCUCAACCGUGUGCGAUUUCUUGCAUACGGACCGAGGGCUAAACAAUAAUGUUCGUGACACAUUGGCAUCGUUGAAUAUGUCACACAAACGAGGAUCCAGAUCAAACCGAUACGAAGAUCGAUAUUGCAAUGAGAUCAAUUCAACUGGGUCGUUUUUGUCAGACUUAUCGAUGACUCAGUUCGAUGAUGAUUUUCUUGAAACGACAAAACCAUUUAAAAAGCAUUGUCCAUCAACGACAACAACAAACAUUUCAUUCGUAGAGUCGAAACAAAGGCGCCGCAGUGCCAGACGGAGCAUGGAUUUAUACAGCAAAAAAAACACAAGUAUAUUUGAUCUAGAUGAACCAGAUCAACUGAUAGCCACGGCUACAAUAACAAUACCACAAGAUAAUGGCCCGAUUGAGGCCGUUUCAAAAAUUGAGGCCGUUCCAAAUGCAGCGCUUUAUGAAAAAUUCCGAAAGAUUGAUACCGAAAAUCAAGCAAGUGAAAAUUAUCCCGAGAUUGUGACGACAACUCCAACGAAGCAAUCAAUUGGAUCAUCAACGUUAUCCAUUGCAUCGAAGCUAUCGAUUGACUCAAAGAAAACAUUUGAUUUGGCGAAAGAUUCGCCCGUGCCGAGUGCACCACCAUUGGAAGAGAUUACCAAUAGAAAUGAAAAGCUAUUGCCAAACAUACCAGCUCGCCAGCAUGAAUUCAAUAGUCGUACCAUUAUACGGUCGGAAUCAUGCGUCUAUUGUCUGAAAAAAUUACGUUUCGGAACAUCAGCUCUGAAAUGCCGUAUGUGUAGCAUAUAUCUUCACACCGACUGUAAGGCACACUAUACAAUCGCUUGUGUUCCGAAAAGUCAUGAUAAACACGGAAAACACGGUCAUAUAUCAGAUUAUGUUCCGGCUGAAAAUCCGAUGAUACCGCCACUUAUUGUGCAUUGCAUCAGCGAGGUGGAAUCGCGGGGUCUGUCGGAAAAGGGUAUUUAUCGUGUAUCUGGUUCAGAAAAGGAAAUCAAAUUACUCAAAGAACGAAUAUUACGUGGAAAAUCAACGCUGAAUUUAUCCACUGUUGACAUUCACGUAAUUUGCGGAUGCAUCAAAGACUUUUUACGUGGCUUACGAGAGCCGCUUAUUCCAUCGAAUCUCUGGAAAAACUUUUCGAAUGCCGUCCAAUCAAUCGAAGAGAAAAAGAUUGAACGACAACUCUAUAAUGCUAUUGACCUAUUACCGCAAGCCAAUCGCGAUACAUUGGCAUAUCUUAUCCUACAUUUGCAAAGAGUUGCCAAUUCAAAAACGGUGCAAAUGCCAAUCGAAAAUUUGGCAAAAAUUUUCGGUCCGACUGUAUUGGGAUAUUCAUGUUCAGACAUUGAUCACCAUGCUAUUUUAUCAGAGACAAUGGUACAAAAAGACGUAAUGGAAAACUUAUUAAAAAUUCCUGCCAAUUUCUGGGCUCGUUUUAUCAAUGCCGUAUCAACCAGAGCAGACAGUCAAAAAGCAGGAAAAUACUCAUUCUUCGGUACACCGAACGCUCGACUAUUGAAUAGCACGAUACGUAAAGAGCGAAAAAUCUUUACAACACCACCAUAUUCAUCAAGACGUUGAAAAUUUAUUUUUAAAUUGAAAAUUCAUAAUUGACUUCUACUAAAUUUAUUAGUAUUUAUACCAAAAAAGUAGUUUAUAAUGUGUUUGUAUUUAAAAUUAUUGAAAACAGUGAAUAAA